AUGUCCUCUCACGACUACAUCGACCAAGACGCUCGCUAUGCGCAACAGCUACAGGCUGAAGAAGACGCUCGCGGUGCCGCUGACGGACGUCCUGCUACAGACUAUCCGCAGCAGGGACAUGCGCCCUCCCCGCAAGCAAACCAGCAGGGUGGCUAUCAGAUCGGCGCGGGUUUGCCGGUGAAUCAGCAGUAUAUGGGUGCGGAUCAGACACCGGGGGUGCAGCAGGGACAGCAUAGUUCGGCUGGAGGGGCUCAGGGUUACGGUUACGCUCCACCACCUCAGCAGCAACAGCAUUCUUCGGCAGAAGGGGCUCAGGAUUACACACCGCCGCCUCAGCAAAUGUAUGCUUCUGGCAUGUCUGGACAGGAGUCUCAAGGGUAUUACCCACCGCCGCCUCCUCCGGGUCAGCACAUGCCAACUUCGGGAGCUCCUGGGCAAGACCCAGCGCCUUCCCACCAGAUGCCAGCUUCUGGAAUACCCGGACAACAAUCUCAAGAAUACUAUCCACCGCCACCUCCUCAAGGGCAGCAGAUGCCAUCUUCUGGCGGUCCUGGGCAAGCAUCUCAAGAAUACUACCCACCACCGCCUCAGCAAUCUCACGCUCCAGCUGGAGUAGGACUCUCUGGUCAAAGCCUCAACACUGGAUUCCAACCGCCGCUACCUCCUCGAAGACCAAGCGCGCAAAGCAUGAAUUUCGGCGAUGAUGACCCUUCUAGUCCUAUUCAUUACACCCGCGAUCCUCAUAAGCUGGUCGCCUACCUAGUACCCUUCCCGAAGCCUGUAAUUAAGGGUGUCGAGCCUUCAUCGAUUCCAGACCGCUUUCUCAUCUACACGCCUCCACCACCUCCCCUUUCUGCACCUGCCGAGGGUGAGAAGGAGGACAAGUUUCACAAGGUGCAACGCAAAUGGCAAAAUGAGGUUCGGGCGGCCAAGACCAGUGACGCGAAGACUGCAAGUUGGAAAGGCGUCAAGAGCAAGGCUACCAAGGGUAUCAGCUGGGCCAUUGGGAAAACGACGAGCUCGAAUCUGGAUUUCGUGAACCGCAUCCCCGGAGCGAAAUCAGACUCACAUGACAAGCACACUGAAGACGGCGUAAAUGAAGGCGAUACCACACACAAGACGGUUGGUCUGGAAGAGAUGGUCCUGAUUUACCCAUCGUCUUAUGCGGCUUCUCCGGAACAGGUCAAGGCGGAGUUCAUCAACACUAUGAUGCGUACCAAGUCCAAAGCCCAGCGCGACUCCAUCAUAGCCACCGGUCUCCUACCUGUCUCCGGCGCCAUUGAUCUUUUGGCAACAGUGGUGUGGCCAUUUGGUGGGCUAUUGGAAGUCGACGGUGUCUGGGCUUACUCUUCUAUUCGAGGCGCUAAAACCGCGAGAUCCGUGACGAAGCGCUUGACAUCUUCAACUCAAUCUGGAAACACACACGCUCAAACCGAAGAGCAAGAAAUGGCAGGAGAUAAGCUCCGCCUCACCUUCACCCAAUCGCCACGUCUCGAAGUGCUCAACCACUACCUCAUGGCUAGAUGUCGAGACUACGACCACAGACAUUUCCCGAGCGUGGAGAUGGCGCCUACUGAGUCGGAGGUGUUGGCAGCGAUCGGAUGGGCGCCGAGUCAGACUGGUGGUAAUGAGAAAAACUGGGAAGAUGAGCAAUGGGAGACUGAGGAGGUAAAGGAGGAUAUGAAGAAUACUCUGGGAAAGGCGUCAAAGGAAUGGGAUAAGUGGUGUAAGGCUUUUGCGAAGAAUCCGGAAAAGGCGAUAAAGAAGUAG